AUGGCUUGGGAACAGCUUGAACCUACACCACCUCAUCUUUCAUACCUUCUCAUUUCUUCAUUCUUGAUUGUCUAUUGCCUGUUCGCUACCUUCGUCAGGAACCGUCUUCAUCUGUCAGAACCACCCUUGGCACUUCUUGUUGGUAUUCUUCUGGGACCAAGAGUGCUUGGCUGGCUGAACCCAAAUUCCUGCCCUCAGCAAGGAUGUACCGGCGAUGAAAGCGAUAGAUGGGGUUGGGGAGACACCCAAGUCCAGGAGAUCUCUCGUGUCAUCCUUGGUGUCCAGGUCUUCACGGUUGGUAUCGGCCUGCCAAGGUACUAUGCAAGCAAGCACUGGAAAAGUGUUGGCAUCUUAUUGACAAUCGUUAUGACCUUUGGCUGGUUCAUCUGCUCUCUGUUCGCUGCCUUGAUGUUCAAGGUAGACAUCGCCACUGCCCUGACCAUCGCCGCUUGUUUGACACCCACCGAUCCUGUUCUGUCAUCGUCCAUUCUCUCCAACAGUCAGUUCAGUACUAGGGUACCGAAGCGCAUCAAGGAUAUGCUGGCUGCAGAGUCUGGUUGCAAUGAUGGCAUAUCUUUCCCAUUUCUUUACAUUGGACUGUAUGCACUGAUUCAUGCUGAUCCUAAGACUGCUAUCAAGGAGUACUUCCUCAUCACUGUCCUCUGGCAGUGUACCUUCGGCAUUGUUGCAGGCAUGGUCAUCGGCACAAUCUUCAACAGACUCUUGCGCUUUUCUGACAAUCGAGGCUACGUGGACACCGCUGGCAUGAUUGUGUUUUAUUUACUCCUCGCAGUCUUCAGCGUUGGUGUGGGUAGUAUACUCGGCUCUGAUGACUUCCUCGUAGCCUUCGGUGCUGGCUACGGUUUUGCUCGAGAUGGCUGGUUCAGCAAGAAGAUCAAGGACGCACAUCUUCCGGAUGUCACUGACCUGCUGCUCAACUCGGCCAUGUUUAUCUACCUUGGCACUAUCAUGCCUUGGGAAGCAUUCGGCGCUCGCGACAUUACUCCUUAUGUCACCCCAUGGAGACUUUUCGGAUUCGCCGCCUUGGUCUUGUGCUUCCGUCGCAUUCCUAUCAUGCUCGCAAGCUACAAGAUUAAUCCCGACAUCCGCACUUUCCGUGAAGCUCUCUUCUGCGGACACUUUGGCCCCAUGGGCUUGGGUGCGAUCUUCCUUGCCAUCGAAGCCCGUGCAACUCUCGAAACUGGCACCAGCGAGCCAUUGCCUCAUCCCCCAAAGUUUUCGCCACCCUACUCGAACCGUGAAAAAGCAGUUGAGAUGCUCUGGCCUGUCAUAUGCUUUGUCGUCAUGUGCAGCACUUUUGUUCACGGAUUAAGUGUUCUUGGACUAAGUCUAGCCAGCCACUUCCGUAGAAGAGAAGGUGAGAGAGCACCUUUGCUGGCUCAAGAGACUGAUCCGCUUGAUGGCAUGGAACAUGAACGUCCUGAAGACAUGGAUACAGACCACGAAGAGGACUAG